GCGGCGAGGAGCGCGCGCCGGCCGCGGCCGCGGGGGGGGGGGGGGGUGGAAAAAUGACUCAGUAAGUUCAGCGCGCCCGCUCCGGCCGGCCCUGCGCCUCCCGCCGCGCCCGGGAUGUAUUCGUCCCCGCUCUGCCUGACUCAGGAUGAGUUCCACCCGUUCAUCGAGGCGCUGCUGCCUCACGUGCGCGCCUUCGCCUACACCUGGUUCAACCUGCAGGCGCGGAAGCGUAAGUACUUCAAGAAGCACGAGAAGCGGAUGUCCAAGGACGAGGAGCGGGCGGUGAAGGACGAGCUUCUGGGUGAGAAGGCUGAGGUGAAGCAGAAGUGGGCGUCGCGGCUGCUGGCCAAGCUGCGCAAGGACAUCCGGCCUGAGUGCCGCGAGGACUUCGUGCUGGCCAUCACCGGCAAGAAGGCGCCGGGCUGCGUGCUCUCCAACCCCGACCAGAAGGGCAAGAUGCGGCGGAUUGACUGCCUGCGCCAGGCCGACAAGGUGUGGAGGCUGGACCUGGUCAUGGUCAUCCUCUUCAAGGGCAUCCCGCUAGAGAGCACUGACGGCGAGCGCCUGGUCAAGGCGGCGCAGUGCGGCCACCCAGUGCUCUGCGUGCAGCCGCACCACAUUGGCGUGGCCGUCAAGGAGCUAGACCUCUACCUGGCCUACUUCGUGCGUGAACGAGAUGCAGAACAGAGUGGCAGUCCCCGGGCAGGGAUGGGCUCUGACCAGGAGGACAGCAAGCCCAUCACGCUGGACACGACUGACUUCCAGGAGAGCUUCAUCACUUCCGGUGUGUUCAGUGUCACCGAGCUCAUCCAAGUGUCCCGGACACCUGUGGUGACAGGAACAGGACCCAACUUCUCCCUGGGGGAGCUACAGGGGCAUCUGGCAUACGACCUGAAUCCAGCCAGCACUGGCAUGAGAAGAACGCUACCCAGCACUUCCUCCAGUGGGAGCAAGCGGCACAAAUCAGGCUCCAUGGAGGAAGAUGUGGAUACGAGCCCCGGCGGUGAUUACUACACUUCACCCAGCUCUCCCACGAGUAGCAGCCGAAACUGGACAGAGGACAUGGAAGGAGGCAUCUCAUCCCCGGUGAAGAAAACAGAGAUGGACAAGUCACCUUUCAACAGCCCGUCACCCCAGGACUCGCCGCGCCUCUCCAGCUUCACCCAGCACCACCGGCCCGUCAUCGCUGUGCACAGUGGGAUCGCCCGGAGCCCUCAUCCAUCCUCAGCCCUGCACUUCCCCACGACCUCCAUCCUGCCCCAGACGGCCUCCACCUACUUCCCACAUACGGCUAUCCGCUACCCACCUCACCUCAAUCCACAGGACCCACUCAAAGAUCUCGUCUCGCUGGCUUGUGACCCAGCCAGCCAGCAACCUGGACCGUUAAAUGGAAGUGGUCAGCUCAAAAUGUCCAGUCACUGCCUUUCUGCUCAGAUGCUGGCACCCCCGCCCCCCGGGCUGCCGCGGCUGGCGCUCCCCCCUGCCACCAAACCCACCUCCGAGGGAGGAAGCACGUCGCCGACCUCGCCCUCCUACUCUACGCCCGGCACGUCCCCUGCAAACCGUUCCUUUGUGGGAUUAGGACCAAGGGAUCCAGCGGGCAUUUAUCAGGCACAGUCCUGGUAUCUGGGAUAAGAAAGAUUUCUGCCCACGCCUUGCUCCUUCGUCCCGGGGGGGGUCACACAGCCGGCCCCCGGCCCAUGUUUUCGGUGGAAAGUUAGAGCAAGCAAGAACACCCCGCCAACUCCCAGCCGAAAAGACAAAACACACAGACACAUACACACAGGAAGAAAAAAAGAAAAAAAAAGGCCAAAAAAAAGACAAAUGAGAAAAAAAAUCAUAAAAAUAAACCCACCCAAGCAAGAAGACAAAAGGUAAAGACGGCAAUGCUUCAGACUCUCGGGACGCCACGGCUGGACCUGCCACCCCUCCGGAGAGGGCAUGACAAAGUGACUAUGUGGUGUGACAGUGCUGCGACAGGGGUCUCCCUAAGUUAUUCAUCUCUCGCUGCUGCUCUGGAAGGGCUGGCACCCACUCCCGCCUCCGCCCAGGACCAGGUGAGCGCAGCCUGGUGCCCGCGCCCAGGCCCCAUGGGACAGGACACCCAGCAAGGCCACCUCUCCCAGCAUCCCCACCGUCACCUGUGGCCUGGAUGUCGGCUGGGCUUUCCACGCUGGUGUUUCCAAGCCGGUAGGCAGGCCCUGGAGGCCAGGGCGGGCAGGGACAUGACAAGGGCAGAAGAGGGUUGUGGGAGACGCCAGGCAUCACCAGGGCACAAGGACACGUGGCAGAUUCUUUCUCAGGAGUGUCCUGCUGUCGGUUGUGGGACCUCCACACGCCCCAAAGUGUGCGGUGCUGGGCUGGCUCGGGACUCUGUCUUUCAGCUCCAUGCCUGCCUGUUUGGGAGGAGAAGUCUCUAUGCAAUUGCCCCCCAGCCCCACCCCGCGGCAUAGGAGGCCACCCCCCACCGCACCCUGCCUGCCGGCUCCACACCCCGGGGAGGGAUCCACGUUGCACACACUGUAAGAAAUGCACUUUUGGAGGAAGGGGCUGGGGGAGGCGGAGCGGAGAGACCCAGAGCUCCCCAAGAAAGGGUGUGGUCUGGAGUGUCCAUCCACCGAACCCUAGGAGGGGAGGACUCCCCCCACCCCACUUAGCCAGUGGAGGUGGGGGGUAAGAGUGAGUGGAUUAAAGUGCCUGAUUCCCACCGCCUGCCCCCCUUUGUCCAGCUGAGCCACGAGUGGCUGUGGGCAUCCCCAUCCCCUCCCCCACAGCCUGGCCACCUCCAGUCGCUGACCCCUCAUUGCUGUGCUCCCCUCAGAGCUAGAGAGAUGGGACCCCCCAAGGGGCAGAGCUGGGUGUCUCCCAAGCAUCCUGCUGUGCUGGGGCACAGGGGCACGGUCUGGGGAAGCCGGUGUGCGCCCCACGCCUCCUCUGCCAGUGCCUUACAUCCUGGAGCGACACCCCCUCCCUGGUGCCUCUCAGCCCAAAGGGGGACCAUGGUUUGCACUUUUAUCUCACCCCCCAAGUGGGGCGCAGCCAGGGAGGUGCAUUGCAGCUGGGCCUCCAGAAGGAGUAGAGUCCUCGUGAUCCUGGAUCAUCUGGUCGAGGGUUCUGGUGGGAGGGGGGUUCCAGCACCUUUGGGACCCUUGCGGCUGCAUAGGGGACCUCCCAUCUGCUAAGCGUUUUCCGUUGAGCCGCUCCAAAAACACUAAGCUGGGGAUACCGGGUGCCCCCCUACCCGGGCUCCCCAACCCCAUCCCUGCCCUCACCCCGGGAUGGCCAUCAGGUGGGGGGCCUGAGAAGGGGUGUUAGGUGUUCUAGGGUCACCAAGCCCAAACACAAGGACCCCUCCUGGCCCAUCCAUCUGAGCCCCCACUGGCCGCCUCCAUGCCUGGCGCUGGGGAAUGUCUCCCCUACCACGACCCCACCCCGGGCCUCGGCCAAAGCCAUUGCCCUGGGCAGGGCCUCCGCCUCAUCUCCCAGCCUGGCCCUCCACUCCCUCUUGGUAUCCCUCGGCCUGGCCAGCCUCCCCCCACCUCCAGAAACGGACUUUCCUCCCAAACCAGCCCAAGGGGCUUGCUUGGCAGACCCACUCAAUCAUAAACAGAAAGACCCAAGACCCUUCCCCACUGAUCCCCCUCCCGUUGUCCAGAGGGGUUCAGGAACCCCUGGUCCUUCUGUCUGUCCCCAGGGUCCCUCCACCAGGUGUCCUUUGGGGACCAAAGCAUGGGCCGCUCUUUGGGAGGGCAGGAGGGGUGGGUUGUGCAGCUGGGGUAUCCAGAAGCUUCUCAGCCGGGAACCUUAGGGUACAGGUAGGCGGGGUAGGGGAGGGGGCUCCUGGCAGCCCCCAGCGACCUAACUUUGCAUGGUGCUUAGUCGAGGACUCCUGUGACCUGGCUCCUGCCGUCAGCUCGCAGAGCCUGACACUGCAUGGCAAAUUAUACCUGGCUCUAGCUCCCAUCCCCAGCCCCCACCACUCCCCCUCCUCUUUAAACAAAAAAAAAAAAAAAAAAAAAAACCUUUAAAAAAAAGUCAUGUUUCCUAAUUUGCACGAAAUUUUCUACCACAUGAUGUGCCUUGCCUUCCGAAAAUAAGUAUUACCUUUAAACAAUAUCAGCGCAAAGGUAGCUGCAUGCCCUGCUCGUGUAGUUAAAAAGACAAAACAGUGACAUGAAAUAAAAAGUAAAAAUGGAAAAGGGAUGUAUUUCUAUUUGUAAAAAAAAAAAAGAAUUUUUAAACAAAAAUCCCAUGCUAAAAAGCAAUCCACAAAGCAAUUGCCCCAUGACCUGCCCCCACGGCCCGCGCCCCACCCUCCCCGGGCUCUGUCGCCAUGGCUCUGCUGCAUUGGGGGUUCUCCCUGGUGCUCCACCACCCCCAGCCCCACCCCUGGGCUCCAAGGGGUCAUUUCCGAAGCCCCCGCCCAUAGCAGCAGACAGACCUCAGGGGUGUGCCCUGGCCCCUGGGCCACAGGUCAGCCCCCCCAGACGCCACACAUGCAUGCAAGACCCGGGGCGGCCCCCCCAUGGGGUGGCCACCUUGCCGACAGCCAAACUCCCCCCAUCUUCUCAUACAGGCUGGCGUCCCUCUGGCUCAGGGUCAAAUUGCUUCCCCAGCCCCACCCUCAAAGAUGUCCACUCUUCUGUGCAGCCCUCUCCUUCUUGCCAAAGGACCCAGUUGUCCCCCAUCCUCAGAGACCGGCCUUGGGUGGCAGUUCUCUCCUGCCCUCUCCUUGCCUCCAACACCCAGUUCUAUGUCUUCCAGCUCUGACUAUGGAGGGUAUCGGGUAUGAAACAAACAAGAAAACCAAACUCGAUAUAUGCAAUAUCUGUUUGUCUGAACCUGUAGGUGUAGCUCAGCCAUCGAAGGCCUGGUUAGGGAGGCCAGUGAGGGGGCACCCUGUCAUAGGCCUCUGCCCUGGUGGCUGGCCAUGCUGUUGUCUUGUUUUUUGUUUUCUUGUUCUUUUUCUGUUUUUUUUUAAUUCUUAUUUCCUCUGCCUUCAACUCAACCAAAGGUGAGAUAAAAGCAGAUAGCGUGGUAUCUGGGUGGGGAGGACCAAAGGGCUAGUGGGUUCUCCAGCCGAGGCCACUACCACCUGCGGCCCCCACUUUGACCCCCAGCACCUCCUGAGGGAACGCACCAGGCAGAGGAUAGUCCCCAUUCAUUCGCCUGCCUGCUGUCCCCUCCCCAGACUUUAGAAUUGUCUCCAGAGCAGGGUGGGACUUUGCCAAAAGGUCCCAGCUUUCAUCCACCAUCUUAUGCUCACCCAUAUUUUCUUCCCAAAAGACCUCAGCAAGCCCCAGGAGACAGACAGAGAGCCCAGCUGGCCAUGCUGCUGCCCUUGGGAACUGUCCCUUGGCCAGAGAGCCCAAGGCCAUGUGUGUCAGUUUCCAUGUGGCUGAUAUCUGGUUCUUAUUCUCCCUGCCCCCCAGGGAAGUGGGGAGCAGCCAGUGGCAGAGGGCUUCCCUACCGGGACCCGUCCCCAAGGGCUUUGCUGGGACCCUCUUGUCCCUCCAUGACCUGCACCCCACCUUGCCACCCUCCCUUGCCCCAGCUGUGUGAUCUCACUCAUCAGUAGUGCUGUGGGCACAUCCUUCCCCGCCAGUGCGUUAUCCCGGGGUUCUUCCCAUUUCUCAGAAAAGCAGCAGGAUCCCCGUUAGGCAAAAUUCCCAGGCCCCUCACUACAGGCAGAAUAAGGCAGAAAGACCAGGAACCAGAUCCCUGACCCAACUUUGUAGUGGGGGUUCAUGCCCCGAGGUGGGAAUGGGGGACAGGGUGUCGGGUUUGUGUUUUUUGUGGAUUUUUUUUUUUUACAUAUAUGAAACUGACAUCUCAAACCCCAUCCCCUCCCAAGCCUGCCAUCACCCACCACUCAUCGUCCAUCCCCUCCCAUACAAAGCCCCCCAACCUGACCCUGGGGUCCAGCUCAUGCUGUGGAAAAGAAUAGAGAGGCCUCCCAAAUAUAUACAGAUUGCCCCCAUCCCUUUCUUGGAUGAGAGCACUAGAUACCAGGGUGAAGAGAGAGGUGCAAAGAGACCCAGCCCUAUCUGACUGGGAACAGGGGCAUCCAGGGUCCCCCAUGCCCAGGUCUGGAAUCCAAGUUCUGGCCCAGUUCGGAGUUGCACCCUGAGCUAGACAAUCAGACCCAAAAAGAAACCCAAAGGAGACUCGGGGGGCUGUGGCAGCUCCCCAAGCAGCAGACAAUUCCAGCCUGAGACCCAUGCAUCCCCCUCCCUGCUCCAGAACCUUCUGUCUGUUCCCAGAGACAGUAGUUCCAGGGGCAGGCAGACUUGACUGGACAGUGGCCAGUUAGGACCCCAGGGCCAGGAGCAACCAUGCAGCCCCCCCCCCCCCCGCCGCGAAGAGACAGCACACGGACCCCCUCCCCACUCCGGCUUCUCCAAUGGUACUUUGACAUCCAGUGUAGGGCUAUACUAUACAUAUAUAUAUAUAUAAUUUUGGAAUUUUUUUUCUUGUAAUACAGAUUAUACAGUGGCUACUUUUUUAUUUUGGCCUGGAUUCUCUCUCUGAGACCCUGAUUUUUACUUGCUUUCUGGAGGGUGUUGAGAGAGAGGUCCCAGAGAUCCAUCCUCAAAUCUAGCUUCCUCCGCUCCUCCUCUCUCCCCAUUUCUGCGCCUUUGGACACUUUCUGAGAGUCCCACCUCCAAAAGAUACAGCCUCCCCCAUCCGUUCAUCCCUAAACAUUUCAGAAUGUGUGGGGUCCGAGCUGGCCCCGAGGCCCCCCGACCCUGCCCCCAGGCAGGGACACAAACCCAAAGCGAUACCAGCAGGACUUGUUGCCAGUGAUACCAAAACAGACUUCCCAAGCAGUGCCUCACAUGUCUGCUGGUGUGGUUUUGGGGUUCUCCUCCCCUGCUCCCCGGGGGGGCCCUAGGCCUCAGGAAGGAGGAGGUGGGAUCCAACAGGAAUAGGGCUGGGGGAGGGGAAAAAAGUCAUAUCCCCCAAGCUAUCACCCUCCCAACUGCCCUCUAUUCACUGGCUAGAAGAGGACCCACUGGAAAAGGGAGGGGAGCUUCCCAGUCCCCCUCCAGUUGGGAAUCCUCAAAGCCCACUCCCAAGAUGCUUUGACACUUCUAUCUGUUGAUCCUCCCAUCUUGGGUGCCAGCCAGGCCCCCCCUCCCCAAAACCAAAGCCCCAUUCAAGUCCAGGGGUCCUGGCCCCUGCCGCUAGGUUUCUGCCUCCCCCUCCCCCGAGGACCCCACACUGGGGAAAGAUAAGCAAUGUCCAAAGGACAGGGCACAUAGUGUGGGGGGACAACGGAGGAGGGAGAGAGAACCAUUUUCCUCUGAACUUCCUUCCUUCUUUCCUUCCUUUCUUCCUUCCUAUUUUUGGUGGUGUUGCUGUUCAUUUUCUUUUCCCUCUGAGAUAUUUUUUGAGGUUGGUUUUUUUUUUUUCUCAUUUUGUAUUUUACUGAUAUUACCAGGAUAGUUUACUCUAUUUCUCGCUUUCUGCUUGCCUCACACACCGGGUAACACAGACACACACACCCCAUGCUCGUGAACCCAAGCCUGGAAAAGGUUCAGGCUGGGUCUGCCGCCCACCUCGUCCUCCUUCUCCUCCUCCUCCUCCUCCCCGUGUGGGGACAGGAUGGAGGUUAGGGGACAUCUGGGUAGAUCUGGGCCCAGCCUUCUCCCUCUCCGGCUCACCCACCCUGCUCCCGCACUUCAUACUCCCAUCAUAACCUGUAUAUUACGCAGUCAUUUCGGUUUCCGUGGACGCGCCUAAGUACCAUUUACAGAAAGUGACUGGCUGUUAUUAUUUUGUUUGUUUCCCUAUGCAAAAAAAAAAAAAAAA